ACGUAAAAUAUUCAGUCGCAAGACAAAUUAGAUAACCCUAGACCUCCUGCUGAGACUUGAUAACAAUUACCAUAAAUGAAAGAACAACAAAAAGUUUAUUCAUUUUAAGAGAGCAUAGUCUUGGGAUAUAUGUGCACCUGUUUCUUAUCAAAAAAAGUAAUCAUGGAAACGAAGAAAAUAGCUCUAUUAUCAGUAUCUGACAAAACUGGACUUAUCGAAUUUGCAAAAGAACUGAAUAAUUUGGGAUUCACUUUGGUAGCCAGUGGAGGUACUGCUAAGUCUGUAAGAGAUACUGGGGUACCAGUAAAGGAUGUUUCUGAAAUAUCAGGUGCUCCUGAGAUACUUGGUGGUCGGGUGAAAACUUUGCAUCCCGCUGUACAUGGAGGUAUUCUUUCAAGGCUCAUUCCAUCUGAUUUGGCAGAUCUUGAGCAGCAAAAAAUUGAUCUCAUCCAAAUUGUAGUUUGUAAUUUAUAUCCGUUCGUGAAGACUGUCAGCAAUCCAGAUGUCACAAUAGCAAAUGCUGUGGAGAAUAUAGAUAUAGGAGGUGUGACUUUACUCAGAGCUGCUGCUAAAAACCAUGCCAGAGUUACUGUUAUUUGUGAUCCAAAAGAUUAUUCCUCUAUAGUUAAAGAGCUGAAAAGUUCCACAGACACUGACACUUCGGCGAACACAAGGCAACAAUUGGCUCUAAAAGCUUUCACCCACACCUCUGAAUAUGAUCUGGCAAUAACAGACUACUUCAGAAAGCAGUAUUCCUCUGGAGUGUCCCAACUUACUCUACGAUAUGGCAUGAAUCCUCAUCAAAAACCAGCACAAAUAUUCACCACUUUACCUAAUUUGCCUCUCAAAGUAAUCAACGGUUCUCCAGGUUUUAUAAACUUAUGUGAUGCUCUAAAUGGCUGGCAGUUAGUUAAAGAAUUGAAAAGUGCUCUAGGUUUACCUGCUGCAACAAGUUUCAAACAUGUGUCACCUGCUGGAGCUGCAGUUGGCACAACACUCAGUGAUAUUGAGGCGAAAGUAUGUAUGGUGGACGAUAUGACCGAUCAGUUAACUCCCUUAGCUACAGCAUACGCAAGAGCUAGAGGUGCAGACCGAAUGUCUUCUUUCGGAGACUUCGUAGCCUUAUCAGAUGUUUGUGAUGUUCCUACAGCUAAAAUAAUCUCGAGGGAAGUUUCAGAUGGUGUUAUUGCUCCAGGCUAUACUGAAGAAGCUUUAGAAAUACUCAAAAAGAAGAAGGGUGGAAAUUAUUGCAUUCUACAAAUCUGUCCCAACUACGAGCCGGAUCCAAUCGAACGUAAAAUACUAUUUGGACUGACAUUAGAACAACAGAGAAAUAAUGCCGUUAUCGAUAAAAAUUUAUUCAGCAACAUUGUGACAAAGAACAAGACCUUACCAGAGUCUGCUAUUCGAGAUCUUAUUGUAGCCACUAUCGCCCUGAAAUAUACUCAAAGUAAUUCAGUGUGCUAUGCGAAGAAUGGACAGGUGAUUGGCAUUGGUGCUGGUCAGCAGUCCAGAAUACAUUGUACCCGAUUGGCUGGCGAUAAAGCAGAUAAUUGGUGGUUGAGACAGCAUCCCAAAAUAUUGAAUAUGAAAUUCAGGAAAGGCGUGAAGAGAGCAGAAAUUUCAAAUGCAAUCGAUAAUUAUGUAAACGAUACUGUUGGCAAAGACAUGGAUCGAGCUACAUUUGAGGCUAUGUUUGACAAUGUACCAGAGUCUCUGACUCAAACGGAACGAAAAUCUUGGAUGAACCAAUUGAAAGGUGUGUCCUUAGCCUCUGAUGCCUUCUUUCCAUUUAGAGAUAAUGUGGAUAGAGCAUUUUUGAGUGGUGUUACGUUCAUAGGAAGCCCGGCAGGUUCCACUAAUGAUGAAGUCGUCAUUGAAGCUUGCAAUGAUCAUAAAAUCGUCUUAGCUCACACCAACCUGAGGCUAUUUCAUCACUGAUUUACUCGAAAAUCAUAUGAGACACCUGUAUGAAACAGGUCAUUCUGGUAGCUUGUAUCGUUUUGUCAUUUCAUUAUAAUAAUGAAUAUGUGUGUAUAUUACAUAUUAUUUUAAUUAUAUCCUAAAUAGAAUAAAAUUCUUCGAUAUUAUA